GCCACUUUAUUUCUCCUCCAUAACUCUGUCUCUGUAUUUCUGUUUGGCAUUGGUGCACAGAGAGUCAAGAUUUUGGCAAAAACAUCCCCAAAGAGGAGGCAGAGCAGGAGGAAGACGACGAAAUGGCAGCUUCACAGGAACGGCUGAGAUUCCAGGAUGUGGCCAUAGACUUCACCCAAGAGGAGUGGGAAUGCCUGGACCUCGGUCAGCGGGAAUUGUACAGGGAUGUGAUGUUAGAGAACUACAGGAACCUGGCCUCCUUGGGUUUUGUGGUCUCUAAGCCAGACCUGGUCACCUUUCUGGAGCAAAUGAAGGAUCCCAGGAAUAUAAGGAGAGUCAAGAGAACAGCCAUAUACACAGCUAUGUCUCCACAAGAUACCCAGAAUUUGAUGCCAAAAAAUCCAGGGUUAGAAGAUUUCUUCCCAAAAGCAAACCUACAAAUAUAUGAAAGAUUUCACCUCAGAAACUCACAUUUAAUGAAAAACUGGGAAUAUACAAGGGCAUGUGAAAGACAGAGAGGAUGUUUAUAUGCACAUAAAGAAAUUGAGACAGCUACACAUAAUAUGAACAUUACUGCAGAAACAUAUGAGCAACAUGAGUCAAAUUGGGAAAAAUACCAAUUUCAGUCUUCAACAUCUGCCAAGAAGUAUAAGAUUUUAAGAAAAGAUUUACAUCAUUUUUUGAAACAUGCAUGUUCUCUGAAAGGAAACGUGGAUAAUUUGGAAGAAGAUGAAGGAUACCAUAAUAGCGGAAGAGGUAAGACAACUAAUAGCCUCGUCGUUAAAAACGAUUUAAAGAUGGAAAACCAUUUAACGGAUCGAACAGGAAAAAAUUCUAGGAAACAACGUGAGCGAGGCGAGUUCACCACAGGCGAGGGAACGCAGGGCAAGGGGUUAGUCCUGGGCAAGAUCGUACGCGAAACGCUGGACGCCCAAUGGGUCUCGGGGAAAGGAAACGUCACUAAGGGGGCCGAUGGGGCGCGGACCUCAAGGACACGGGGCGUUCAGCACACUGAACCAGAGGAGCCUCAGACCCAGUCGUCACAGACGCAAGCCGAAGGGAAGCAGUACCGGCUGAGGCGGACGGGACACCCUUUUCCCUUCACCUGCCUAUCGCCGCCGAGUGGGGCUCCGCGGGUGUCUUCCCUAACGCCGCAGACGGAAAUGACGUAG